GUUUGGCGCGGAAAGGGAAUUAGAAACAAUAGAAGUUACGUGGAAAUUUAGUUUUGCGAUGUUAUCCAAUUCUUUUACGAUGUCAUCCAUAACUAAUGGACUAGGGACAUCGGUAAGGAAAGCUGUGGGCCCUAAAGCCAAAGUGACAGUUGUUUUAGGAGCACAGUGGGGCGAUGAAGGAAAAGGAAAGUUAGUUGACAUCUUAGCUACAGAUGCCGAUCUUGUUUGCCGGUGUCAGGGUGGAAACAAUGCUGGUCAUACAGUUGUGGUUGACUCAAAAGAAUAUUUCUUUCAUAUGGUUCCAAGUGGAUUGAUUCAACCAAAAGCAGUCAGUGUUAUUGGAAAUGGUGUUGUGAUGCACAUUCCACAGUUCUUUGAAGAGUUGAAAGCACUUGAAGCUAAAGGGGUUACAGAUUGGGAGAAAAGACUUCUUGUCUCUGACAGAGCUCAUAUAGUGUUUGACUUACACCAGGAAUCUGACAAACUACGUGAAGGUGGAAAGGGAGGGUUGGGGACCACAAAGAAGGGAAUUGGACCAACCUAUGCUUCUAAGGCACAAAGGAUUGGCCUCAGAAUCUGUGACCUAGUUGGAGACUUUGAGGUUUUUGAGAAAAGAUUCCGAGGACUGGUGUCACAUUUUCAGAGGCUAUAUCCAGGUCUUAGUACAAACAUUGAGGAAGAGAUAACAAAGUACAAGCACUAUGCAGAAAAGAUACGUCCUUUGGUUUGUGACACAGUAAGCUACAUGAACAAAGCACUUCAGAAUGAAUCAGCAAAAAUUGUUGUAGAGGGAGCAAAUGCACUCAUGCUGGAUAUUGACUUUGGUACAUAUCCAUUUGUCACAUCUUCUAACUGUGCCGUGGGUGCAGUAUGCACAGGUCUUGGCAUUCCACCCACUGCAGUUGGCAAUGUGCAUGGUGUUACCAAAGCUUACACCACAAGGGUUGGUCUUGGAGGAUUCCCAACAGAGCUUAAAAAUGAACUUGGAGAUAAGAUGCAGCAGAUAGGAAGGGAAUUUGGUGUAACAACAGGCAGAAAGCGUCGCUGUGGAUGGCUUGAUCUUGUAAUGAUCAAAUACUCUCACAUGAUCAACAAUUUUACAAGCCUUGUGAUUGCCAAGCUUGAUGUUUUGGACACUUUUGAGGAGGUGAAAAUUGGGAUAGCAUACAAGCACAAAGGACAAUUGAUGGAAUCCUUCCCAGCUUGUGUGGAAGUCUUGGAUGAAGUUGAAGUGGAAUACAUAACCCUACCAGGCUGGUUGACCAGUAUUGAACAUUGUAGAACGUUCAAUGAGUUACCAGCUAAUGCACAAGCUUAUAUUAGGAAAAUUGAACAAAUUACACAAAUUCCAGUUCAAUGGGUUGGAGUCGGGAAAUCCAGAGAUGCCAUGGUGUCUCUGUUUUAGAGAAAUGAAGCAAUCAUUACGCACAGAGAAGCUCACAAAAAUGAUCUUGAAUCUAUUUGUGGAUGUCAUUGUGUUACCGUGUAAUGGUAUUGUAAUUGUAUACGCAGAAUAUGCAAUAAUAAGAAUUCCACCCAUACUCGAUUUAAGGAGAUUUCAAGGGUAAAUAACAAACAAACAAACAGAGCCUUAUUUUAUGUCAGGUAAUGGUUUUGUUGAUAGAAUCCCACGCGUGACCAGAUGGACACUAAGCUGGUUGCACAAUAUAUAGUAUUGUUUGUAAAAAUUUUGCAAAGAAGAAGCUUUUGAACCAGUACAUUUGUGGUAAAUGAAGGUGAUAUCACUCAUGACAUAAUAAAAUGGCCCUGCUGAAUUAAAAAAAAAAAAAAAAAAAGCUUCUUAUGAAAAUAAAACAUCAGGGGGAAUGUGAGAGUUGUGGAUAUAUUUAUUUUAAAGCCGUAAAAAAAAAUUGUUCCAUCGACAGUGAAUCAUUUCCUGGCACCUUAUGAGAAUUUUGUAUACCUAGUGUAUUUGUAGCUUUGACCUAACUAUUCUGUAAGUUUCCAGAAAUGUUUGUUUUAGUAAAUGCGAGUAGUAAAC